AUGAGCGACGCCGAGCGAACACGAUACAUAGAAGUCGUAAAGACUGCCUCGAAGGAUCCGUUGUACAAGAAACGAUACGAAACCCUUUUGACGAUACACAAGACCAUCUUUACUUCAGGCAUCCACCAGCCCACUUACUUCCUUCCGUGGCAUCGUUGGUUCAUUCUGGAGUACGAAAAUAUGCUGCGCGAAAUCGAUUGCUCCGUCACAGUUCCGUAUUGGGAGUCGGCUGAGGAGGCGAAUAAUGCGUUGGCAAGCGAUUUGUGGAACAAAGAUGAUCAUGGCUUUGGUGGAAAUGGUACUGGGUCAUCGAAUUGCGUUCAAGAUGGACCAUUUAGGGCCGAAGCACAAAGGAAACCAUACUGA